UCGAGUUGUUUACGUCUUCGAAACGUCAUCCAGCAACCCGUUAGCAUCAAAACAAACCCGCGUCCAGGCAAUGCAUAGUAACUAAUACAGUUUUUCUUUUCAAUUCACAUAAAAAUCCAUGUCGUUCGAAAUGGAGGCCGACAUGGUAUCUAACCGUGCGAUAGUGGAAAUCGUGAACGAGUACCGCACGAUGCUACAGCAGCAGAUUGCGCUGCAUCUGAAGCGACAGCGCGACCACAUCGUGCGCAUGAGACGCCGGUUCCUUUCGAAACUUGUGCGCCGUUUGCACCGCAACUACAUCCUGUACGAUCGCCACCGGCGCUCCCUACUAAGUGACGUGUCGUUUCUGAACAUGAGACGCAGAGAAGUUCAGCCAGCAACGUCCCGCAGCAGCCUACAGCAGCCCGUUCCCGAGCAACUGCACCUGUUCCCGGCUAGCAGCGAGCUCGAGUUCACCGAGGAGCAGCUGGAACGCUUUCGUAUCAAUCACGCCACGUUCCAGUGCCUGUACGAUCAGCUGGAACACGAGCUGGAAGACGCAGAUUGUGAGCCAGCGAUGACGGCAAGGAUGCGAAUGGGUGUAGCCCUGUACGUGCUGGGCACCGGGAAGGAUUUCGAAUCGGCCGCGACACUGUUCCACUUGCACAGCAGAGCCGUACGCGCAUCGGUACAUCUGUUUUGCAGUGUGGUAAAUAAGCUGCUCCGGGACAGACAGAUCGAUUUUCCACUCAGCAGAAAACACAUUCGCUGUGGGGUGAAGGAGUUUGAAGAAUUGGUCGGGAUUCCACAGGUGUUCGGAGCGAUCGGGUGUCUGCAUAUACCGGUCGAACGGGGUACGGAUAAGGAUGCGGCCAAGUACAUUAACAGCAAAGGAUGGAGCUCCAUCAUAUUGCAAGCCAUCGUAGACAGCCGUGGAAGAUUUCUGGAUGUAUCCUGUGAACAUCCGGGAAACACGAAUGCGGCAGAUAUGCUGAUACAAUCCAGCAUAUAUCAAAGAAUGGAGCAAUUGGAUGGGCCAUGUCAAAAGAUUGAUAAAAUUAGCGUUCUACCGCUCCUGCUGAGCGACGGGAAAUACCCGCUGCUACCGUGGCUGAUAACUCCCUAUCCAACGACGGCACAAAUGACCCCCGCCGAACGCUCGUUUAACGUGUACGCAGCGAAGGGAAGGGCCUGUAUCGUCCGGACCUUCGAACGGCUGGUAGGACGCUGGAAGGCGCUAAAUCGUUGUUCCACUAUAGUAGCGGCCAGCUACGUUCCCGAGAUAAUACUGACGUGCUGCAUUUUGCACAACAUCGCCGAACAGAACGGAUCGCCGUACAAGGACGCUUGGAGCGAGUGUCACAACGAGGAGGACGUUGCGCCGGAGCAGCCCCACUGGGAGUGCCAAAUCACCUCGAUGGACGGGGAGGAAGUGCGCAAUCGGCUCAGCAAGUUCAUGCACGAACGUUUCCCUCUGAUUGUAGACGAUGAUUGACUGCUGAAGAAGAGGCUGGCACCAGUUAGUUCAAUUAGCACGAAAAGAUAAAAUGUUUCAAGAUACAUUCAACACGUAUAUUUUCCAAUUCA